GUGUCGAUGAUAAGCUUAGAUAAUAUCGCAUUGCUUCGGCAGUUGAGCCGACGGCAUAAGGGCCGCGGGAAUGCUUAUUUGGGGCCUGUACCACCCACGUGCACCUUGUCCUCUACCACACGCCUUUUGCAUUUUCUCGCUCAGAAAACCGCUGCCAAUUCUCUCCAAACGUCUCUACGGUGAUCCUCCAUCGUACUACGACACGAGCACGGUUCUUCUUCACCUGAUUUGCGGCGUUCUGACCUGUUUUUCGCUGUUUGUUGAUUCCCUCUGGGCUUGUUCUGUGUGUUUACUCUAGUAGCUCCUUCCUGCGUCUGUCUCUCUCUCGGCUGGCUACGUACGCUCGUUAUAUUUCGUUAACCCUCGCUAUUCCAGUUAGGCAUCAUCAGUAGGUCUCGUUAUUCGGCCGUCCCAGCAUCCACCGCACGUUUAUCGGCUCUUGUUGAUCGUGUGGCGUUUUUUCCCUCGUGCGCUCGACCUCUACGUCAUCGAUCGCCCUCUCUCCGCUUGCGUCACUUCCGAUCCGGCACAUCGCAUCUCCGCCUUUCUCGGCUAAGUGCAACAUCGCCGACGACCCGCAACCUUGAAACCCACGUGCCAAGCCUCGGCCUCCCUUCCUCCACCUCGGCACUUGGUCCCUCCUCCACACAAGAAGGCCCCGUCACCCGCUUCUCGCUCGCUGUCUCCUCGUGUGUGCUCAUUCACUACCACCACCUCCACCAGCACGCGACGACUUUUUCGCGUAUUCGCGCAUCCAUUGCCUGUGAUUGUAAGCAAGUUUUUUGCUUCUGAGUCCCGACGUCUGUUCCUCUGUGUGCACUUUUGUUUUCGCGUCCUUCUUGCUACUUUUGACGCCGAAUUGCUCGAUUUUUCACGUUUUUUCGUCGUUUGAAGAAAGUAGAACGAGUUAAAAUUUCGCGUGUCUCUUUUCGUGUCGGCGAAUUUUCGUGUUCUCGUGACUCAUUGUUGACUCUUCUCUUUUCGUUUGUUUCGUGCUUUACGUUGUUUUACUCAAUUACGCGUUCUCUGUAGAACCGGGUUUCGUUUUCGUCUUAGCAGUUCUCGUUUACGUUUUCGCCAAUACGUGCUAUUAUGGACGAAUUCCAUACUGUUGCUCAAAAUAUAGACGCCAAGCCUGUAUUAAACGGUACACCUUCUCCCACCACAUCAACACUGUCGGCCACGACGGUUUUCUCGCCUGCCACCAGUACUUCCGGAACCGCUCAAGAAACGAGCAGUCUUCUCUCGGGUAACUCGGGUUACGUGCCGAUAGGCAACUCCACUGCUUUAACUGUUGCCGCCGCUGCUGCAGGCGCAAUUUCAUCGGCUUCCUCUUCUUCAGCUCCCUCGACACCUGCGACGGUGUCGCCUGCAAUGUCGUCCACACCCUCUGUAUCUUACCAUUCACACGCCGUCUCGGGCGGUUCUGAUACUACAUCGCCCAUCACGGCACUCCCACCAGGAGCCGCAAUGGCUGUUCGUUCGGGCACUCCAGCGCUAAACGAGCACGCACACAUCGCUGCUGCUUCCAAUGGCGCACCCACGCGUCUGCCUCCUAUCAACUGCAUUACGGAGACGUUCCCCUCUCAGCAAGUCUGGGGAGCAGCCCCGUCGCCUGUUGCUACGGCACAGCAACAGCCGCCGCAAACGCAGCAAGCGCAACAGCAGCAGCAGCAGCAACAACAGAGUCCAACGGAGGCGGUUGGUUACUCUGCAGCGCAGCCACAUGCAGUCUGCAUGCCCCCUCAACAACCGUCGCAACAAACGACACCCAACCCGUCAGGAUUUUACAUUAAUCGCAAUAUUCCCAUUCAUAACGAUACCUUUGCCACGUAUGUGCAUUCCGUUCAUGCGUCUCCGGCUCCUCUGCAGCCUGCUGCAAAACAAUCGGCUACACAUGCUUCAGUCAUGACAUUGCCUAUGCCUCCGUCGGCUGCCUCGCUACCACUCGCCGGUGGGGCUCCAUACGCGCGUGCUGGCAUGCCAUACACACGUGUUGAUUCGAUGCAUCCUUCUCCGUCCAGUGAAUACUAUGGACCCUAUGCACGCAGCUCUGAGCUUCGCAUCAGCCAUAAGCUCGCCGAACGAAAGCGGAGAAAGGAGAUGAAGGAGCUUUUUGAUGACCUACGUGAUGCCCUUCCUCUCGACAAAAACACAAAGUCGUCGAAGUGGGGCGUUCUGACUCGUGCAAUUCAGUACAUUGAGCAGCUCAAGUCAGAGCAAGUUGCCCUGGAGGCUUAUGUGAAGAGUUUGGAGAAGAAUAUGAAGGAGAAGAUUGAGGAGAAACCGUCUCUGUGAUCUGGGAGCACAUUUUGUUUUCUCCCGUACUUUUAUUUGUUGAGUAAUUGUUUUCUUUUUGGUCGCUUAAUCUGUCCCCUAUACAACGCACUUGAUUUCAUGCCACAAACUUUUCUGGUUUGAUUCCCGGCAGUUCCUUUGCUCUCUCCUGCUUCUCUGCGUGCUGAUUGUUCUUCUCAUUACUUACCAGUUAUGGCUACCUUGGUCACAUGUUAAACUCCCUUCUUACUUUCACAAAUUUUUUUUUUACUUUGUUCUUCUCUCUCUCUUGUCCUUUUGCUUUAUCUCUGCUUCUCGUUAUCCACGUUGAUGCUAUAUUCUCUUCAUAAACGCACGUCUAAUACCUUUCCCAUGCAAGCAAACUUGUUCUUCCACUGCUGUUGCAAACACAUGUUACGAUUCGUGUGGCUUGACGAAAAUCCCUAUCGCGGUUCCCCUUGCAUAUUCCAUCUUUCGUUUCCCUAAUUUUGUUUUUCCCCUUUCCCUUCUUCGUUGGUUCAUACGUUUCCGUGGUGAUCUCGUUUGCAAUACUUAUAAAGCAGUGUCGUUUGGUUUCUUCUUUUUCUUCUUUAUACUCUUUUAUCCAAGUUUCACGUUUUCGACAUGAAUAAUUGUUUUGCUAAUGGUGCACUUGCAGGACCUUUAUCGUUUGCAUCUUGUGAUAACUGAUGCAUUCAAAAAUACCGUUGCUCGCUAAUGAUUCUACAAGUCUGGCUUUUAGUUAGAGUGGUAUACCGUGCACAUUUGCAGGAGGACGGGAGCUGUGUUCCUCAACACGGCUCUUAUCACAGAUGGUUAUAUGGCAAUUCUUGUUGGCGUCAGGCGUUCUGUGCAUUUCGUUUUCGGGUUGUCAGCAGUCUGUACGGACGGACCGUUUGACACGUUUGCCCUGUCUCUUUCUCUCUUUCCCAUACACAUAUACACGCAUACACAUUUUCCUUUUAUCAUUCGAGCUUCGCGCGCGUUGACGCACCAUUAGUGCCGGACACACACAUACACACACACAUACUCUUGUUUGUGAGCUAUCAACUUUAGGUCCAUUAAGGGCUUUUAAGCAGUUACAUUCUCUAAUCGAUGUGGCUACAGUAACUCUAAACAUGAUUCACCGUUGUUCGUAACAAAAACUCCAUAUUUGUAUCCUUAGGGCGCAAGAGGCGGCGACGUGUGAAGGUUGCUGUACAUGUUAUGUUGCAUUGGUUGAAUUGUUUAGCAGGUUGAAACUCACGGGCGGUGAAGUGUGCGUAUGCUUUCAAUUUUCUUUUUCUCCCAUCUCAAUAUUGUCAGGAUUCCUUUUCUAUCAUUGUUUUUUUUUUGUUCCUUUCCCUUCGCGGAAUUAAAAUCGUUACCAUCAUUAUUAUU